ACUUCAACUUCGUUGUUAGUGAACAUAGAUUUUGACAUUUGCUGUUAUGGCUGAGGGCGAUGAAAACUUUCCAAAAAAUUUUAGAAGCAAAUCGCCCACAAAUAAAAAUGAUUCGGAAAAAAAUGACGUUUCCUUAGAUUUAGAUUUAGCACUAAGUUGCCAGAAAAAAGUAGAACAUAAUCAAACAGUUGAAGAAACCAAGACUCCAGGGACUAGUGAAAGCAGUAAACGAGAAGACAACCCUUUUUCCUUUAAACACUUUUUGAGGAGUGACUCAACAAAUUACCAAAAUCAAGGAGCAAGACCAAAAGUAUACUGUGAUGGAAGACCAAUAUCUUCAAUAUCAGAUGUAGAUUUGCGAAAUUCGGGCGCCAAACAAACCAGAAUUAUCCCUGAGUAUCCUUCUGCUUUGCCUGAUUUUGUUCAAGAUCAUUUAGUAAUUGAACAGUGUUAUUUAGGAAAGGACAGUUCCAAAAAUAGUUAUAGUUUGGAUCUCAAUAAUUUGCCAGGAUUUAAUUCUAGUAGAAGUAGCAUUAAUAUCAACAGAUUGCACUGUAAUUCUAGUCAAAACUUUCAUCCACGAAUUAAUAAUAGUCCUACUAACUUUUCUGUCCCUCUGGACUUGCCUGGAGGACCUCAGGCAGGAUUCCCUUUAGACUUACCUAUCAGUCAAGAUAGUCAACCUAGUAGUUCAAGAAGUUGCCCUGCAUCAACAGAGGCUGGUGUAACUAAAAGUCUGCCAGAUUUUCUAGCAGAUGGAGCAGUAAGAACUCAAGUGAAUCAUGAAGAAAGUAAUAAUCAUAGUCAUGAUAGGGAGUUACAUCAUGAAAUUGAAUUCUAUCAGACCCAGUUAGCUGAACAAACAAGACGAGCUAAUCAACUUCAAAGGGAAUUAGAUGCUGUCAGAAGCAGGGAGCAUGAGUACAGUGAAAAUCUUAGUAAAGCUUUAGAAAAGUCAGAAAGGAAUCUGAAAAGAAGCAAUGAAAGAGCUUUAUCAGCUGAAGGUACGAUAAUAAAACUAAGGCAGGAAAUUACUGCUUUAAAGAAUGAAAAUAACAGACUUCGAAAGGAGAAUGAAAGUUUUAGAGGUGAAGCAACAAGCAGUGGGGGCGCAACAGGUGGAAUAUGUUCCGGUAUAACUGAAAUACAAUCCCAAAGGCUUGCUCAAGAGUUAAGGAAUGCUGCCAGUUCAGCAGAGCAUUCUCUCAGACAAUUAUUAACUGGUGUAGAUAAUUUAAGAAUAAUGGCAGCUUCGUUAGAGAAUAUGCACCGAAUAGAAGAAAGACGAGAAACUUUUCUUGACUCAGAUGAUGACGCUGCAGGUCCAGCUUUAUAAUAGUCCCUAUGUAAAGGUUACUGUUUUUUUUUUUGCGAAGUAUAUAUUGUAAUAACUGCGUGUUUUCGACUCGAAAAUUAUUUUAAAACCGGUUGUGCUUUGUGAUUUAUUUAAAUGUAUUCGUACGUUACACAAAAAACACUAUAAUUAUUAUUGGAAACCGCGUAUUCCCACAAACACUCACCUAAAUAUUUAAAAUGCCUUUUAAAAUGUAAUAUCUAAGGAAAAAAUGGCUUUGCUAUGUAAAUAUUAAUUACUUGGAAAACUUUUUUAUUCAUAUACAUAAUUAAAGUUAGUUGUUCAAGUACAAAAAUUAUUAAAAAAAACUACUAAACUUUUGUGUUGGUUGCUUUUGAGUCAUUUUUAUAUAAUUACAACCAAGGACUCAGAUUGUUAAAAUUUUAAAAUAACCGUUCUGUUAUGAGCAAUUUGGUAAACACCCUGUAUAACUGUAUCAAUGUGGUAAAUUAUUGUUUUCUUGAUUAUAAGUUUUUUUUCAGUAA